AUGAAUCACAAGUAUAGAAGCAGCCAGGUUUCAAGCUCUAAAGAUAAAAUGGACGAAGACCAAGAAUCUUUACUUGAUUAUUAUAACGGGAAGGAGGCAUUCAUUGAACUGGUGGUUGGCUUUGUUAUAUUCGCCACUUACUUGUUUAUGAACCAGAUUGAUGCUCUAGUUCCCCAAUUUUUCUACAUGUACGAUAUACCUGUUCACAACCUGGGCAUAUUUCUCUCGAAGCUAUUUUCUAGCAAAUCCAUCUCCAUGAUAUUCGGUUCGUUACUACAGUAUGUGAUAGUAGUAAGCUUCCCUUCACAAAUAUACAAUUAUACUAUGCUUGGAUGCGGGCUUUUGUUUUCUAUGCGAAUGUUAAACAUGUUUUUCAUCUACUCGGAUAUAUCCCUAUCGAAGAUGUACGUCCUUUUUAAUUUUGAUGCCUUUUGUACUGGGUUUUUUCUUACUUCGUUUUUGGGGCUCGUUACACAGUUUAUGGCCAUUGCACUGUUAAGUACUUCAAUUUCUGUUUCGUUUGCCUUUUUUCUUCAGAGGCCAAUCAAUUACCUUUUUCGAAGAAGACCCCUGGUGAUGUUCAAGGUUCAUGGAUGGAUAUCUUUAGCCAUUUCUUGUGUAUAUUUAGGGGCUCAUUACUUCUAUGAUUCCAAUCAUAAAUUCACUCCAUCCUAUAAAGAAACCAUUGAUAAGAUCAAAUCGUGUGUGGACACCUUCGAGUUAAUUAUGAUGGACAUUAAAAGGAAUCCAAGCUACGUUUAUUAUUACACCUCACUGUUGAAAACUCUCGACCAGGAUGUCUCAGGUUUAUUUGGGGAUGUGAAAAAACUUAAAAACCUGAAGGGGAUAACAAAUGAGACCGAAAUCAUGGAUUCGAUACUAAAGGAGUUAAAAGAUAAGGUAAAGGAACUUUUAUACUAUAUUGAGUUUACUAAUCAACUCAGAGACAAAAGCCUUUAUGAUAUAAAGGUUUCUGUAAAAACUAAGACGUUCCAGCAGCUGACACGAUUCAAGAUUGUUAAAAAGAGCUGGGACGGAAUGAAAACACAUUUAGACUCUGCUAAGAACAAUUUCAUGUUCAAAUUCAGGUCACCUAUUAAUUAUGACUACUCUUUACAGGGAACACCUAAGCUAGCCGCUGCGCCUGCAAAGGCACUUGGCUCAGCCAGUCCAAGGCCAACGCCACAGGGGCCGAAGAGUGGUUUGAUGCCUCCGCAACUUAGUUCGUUUGAUCUUAAAACUACUCCAGCACAAACAACCGAGGCAUACAGUGGCGAAAGUGGGUCUGCAUACGAUGAUGAACUAAGUGGCGUAACUCCGACUGAAGUUGAUCUUCAAGUGUCAGGAAGUGGAACUGAACCAACUGACCAUGGUUCAGGUCAAGAAGUCAAAAUUGUCACCAAUUCACCUAAGAAUGAGGAAACACUAACCACUGAAACUACAAUCACUGAAGGUACAACCAAAGCUACAAUCACUGAAGGUACAAUCACUGAAGGUACAACCACUGAAGGUACAACGACAGCAAAAUCUACACAAUCAAGCGAACCAACUAUAGCAGAAACUGAAAAAGCUAUUACAGAGACUGAAUCGUCUUUGAUAGGAACUGAAUCAAUUGCAGCUGGAUCUGAAUUGCCUUCUACUAUAUCUGAAUUAAGCACAACAGCAACUGUAAGAUCCUCAACUCCAACUGAAAGGACCUCAACUUCCGGUCCAAAAGGAACUAUAGCAGUAAGUCCAGAAUCUGGGUCUACUCAAGCGACGGGAACCUCAAAUCCUGGUACUACUGUUAAAAAACCAAAGUCGACUAAGUCUAUGCUUAAACCUGUAUUCAUAAGACCCACUUUUAAAACUGAUAGGCUAGAUUUGAAGCUGGAUCGCAUUGUCAUUGAUCUUGGGGGUUUGGCUGAUAGUAUUGUAAAAACCUAUAACGUAGUCAAGAGCUUUGACGGUGUGAAAGAGGAAGAUAAAAUCAAAUGCCUCGAGUCGAUUCACGACUGUGAGACUAAGGUGAUUCAAAUGGACAGCAGGUUCAAUGAAGUAUACAGGGGCCUCACGGACAAUUUGAGGUACGAUCAGAACGUUCUGUUCAACGCCCUAAAACACAUACACUUCGUCCAGAAGAAAGACACAGUCAAGCUGUUAAAAACCAAGGAGGAGAUGAGGACGAUUUUCGCAAAGAACAAGUCUGAGGUCAUUUCUCCUCUUCUCAUGUUCUUCGUGGCUUCGCUGAUAAAGGACUUUUUAUUUCCGGCAAUUUUGCCCUUUACCUUUAUGCAAAUCUACAAGAACGACAUGAUUCUGCUGGCUGCAGUCAUUGAAAUUUACGGUUCAAUUCUCGUAUUAAUCAUAGAUCGACUCGCCGUCGAAUUCCGAAGUUGGCACAAAACCUACAACAUUUUCUGGAUAAUGGCUGGGCCUCUUGUGGUCACCUUAGUGGGCGCAAUCACUGCCCUGAACACCAACUUUCUGAGCAUAAGGGCCUUCUUCAGUUCAGAGUCCAAAGUUUUAUUGGUAACUGUAUCCUUAUUGGUUUUGGGCUCUAUUUUGAAGCAGCUGAGCUACGUUUGCGUUGCCAAUUACGUCCACUAUCAGUCUGGCGACGUCCUCGGCAACGUGCCGUACCUCCUCACCUAUCACUUGGGAGCCAUAAUUUUCCGUUUCUUUGUUUGCAAACUGGCCAUAAAAACUGAGGCUAAGGUGAAUUUGGGGUUCCGAUUCCCGAACCUUCCCAUUCAACAGAAUCCUGGCAGCUCAUGCCUUCUUUUGUGGCUGAAAGCUGGCUUUAAAUCAUCAUUCAAGGAGCUUUUAGCCGACACUGUAACUAAUUUAUGGCGCUACUUAUAA